GACUGAUGUAAACUGGAAAAACUCCUGGUGAAGCAACUGAGAUCCACGUGACACUGUUAUAAAGAUGGCGUUUAUUAAAGAGGAGAGUGAAGACAUGAGGAUUGAAGAAGUCAUAGUCAAACAAGAAGAAACUGAUGAACAAAUAGACCUGAUGCCACUGAAAGAAGAGAGUCAAGAACUGAAUGAAAUGGAAGAAGAAUAUCAUGAUUUCAUAACUGGGAAAAAAUCCACAAAGACCGAAAAGACUUCCUCACGAAAAAGAGCCCAGAAGAAAUCGUACAGGUUUUGCACCUGCCAUCAGUGUGGAAAGAGAUUCAGUCAAAAACAAAACCUUAAAAUCCACAUGAGAAUUCACACGGGAGAGAAACCGUACACCUGUCAACGAUGUGGAAAGAGUUUCAGUCAAAAAGGGAACCUUAAAAGCCACAUGAGAAUUCACACGGGAGAGAAGCGUUUCAUCUGCCAACAGUGUGGAAACAGUUUCACUCAAAAAGGGAACCUUAAAAAACACAUGGGUAUCCACACCGGAGAGAAGCCGUUCACAUGUGAUCAGUGUGGGAAGAGUUUCACACACAAAGACAUCCUUAAUUCCCACAUGAGGAUUCACUCAAGAGAGGACUGUUUUUUAUGUCAGCAGUGUGGAAGAAGUUUCGCUCAUAAAGUAAGCUUCAAGAUUCACAUGAGAGUUCACACGGGAGAGGAGCCUUACGCAUGCUCUCAGUGUGGAAAGAGUUUCAGAUAUAAACCUUCUCUUGAUUCCCACAUGAGAGUUCACACUGGAGAAAACCCUCACACCUGCAAACUGUGUGGGAAGAGUUUCUCACGAAACGGAUCUCUGAAGACUCACAUGGACAUCCACACCGGAGAGAAGCCGUUCACCUGCCAUCAGUGUGGAAAGAGAUUCAGUCAAAAACAAAACCUUAAAAUCCACAUGAGAAUUCACACGGGAGAGAAACCGUACACCUGUCAACGAUGUGGAAAGAGUUUCAGUCAAAAAGGGAACCUUAAAAGCCACAUGAGAAUUCACACGGGAGAGAAGCGUUUCAUCUGCCAACAGUGUGGAAACAGUUUCACUCAAAAAGGGAACCUUAAAAAACACAUGGGUAUCCACACCGGAGAGAAGCCGUUCACAUGUGAUCAGUGUGGGAAGAGUUUCACACACAAAGACAUCCUUAAUUCCCACAUGAGGAUUCACUCAAGAGAGGACUGUUUUUUAUGUCAGCAGUGUGGAAGAAGUUUCGCUCAUAAAGUAAGCUUCAAGAUUCACAUGAGAGUUCACACGGGAGAGGAGCCUUACGCAUGCUCUCAGUGUGGAAAGAGUUUCAGAUAUAAACCUUCUCUUGAUUCCCACAUGAGAGUUCACACUGGAGAAAACCCUCACACCUGCAAACUGUGUGGGAAGAGUUUCUCACGAAACGGAUCUCUGAAGACUCACAUGGACAUCCACACCGGAGAGAAGCCGUUCACAUGUGAUCAGUGUGGAAAGUGUUUCAGACGUAAAGUAACCCUUAAUGAACACGUGAAGAUUCACUUUAGGAGAUAACAGCUUUAGAUGCCACCAAAAAAUUAUAAAUAUGUGAAUAUGGGAACUAGAUCAACUUUUUUCUUAAUGGAGGGUAAGUAGAUUUCCCAAUACAGGUGGGAAGAUCAAGAAUCGUGUAAUAACUGGAGAGAAGUGUGCCAUCACUAUCUUGAAAUAAUUUGAUCAGUACAAAGCAAAAUCAUUAGUGUUACAUUUUCAGGGACUGUCAAAUACACAGUGUUAGUUUUAUUUU